AUGCAUGUACAGAUGAAAAUUUUGCUUGCUUCUAUUAUGAUGAUUUCGGGAGUAGCAGUAAUUCUAAUGUUUUCAUUAUCAUGGAAUUAAAAAGAUUAAGGACAACAACUAUUAUUGUUAACUGGAGAGAGGAAAUAAGAAUUAGAAUUCUUGAAUUUUAUUGCUUAACAUGGGAGAUCCUACGAAACUAAAGAAGAGUAUGAGUUUAGAUUUGAUGUAUUUCUCUAAAAUGUAGAGAAGAUUCUAAGCUUUAAUCUUUUUUAAAGUGCUGAAAAAGGUUUUGACCUCGCUGUGAAUUAAUACACUGAUUGGACAAAUUAGGAAUAUAGUAGAAUUCUUGGUUUUAAAAAGGUAAAUAAUACCAAUUCAUCUAAGGAAUAAAGAAAUUAAAACAAGCCAAAUAGUCACAUAAAUUUUGAAAGCAAAUUUGAUAUAACGAGAGACAGAAAUUAAAGCAAUAAUUCAAUAUUUGAUGUUAUUAAUUGGGUUGAUAAGGGUGCUGUCACUACUGUCAAAGAUUAAGGAAACUGUGGAUCUUGUUGGGCAUUUUCAGCUGUAGGAGCAGUAGAAGGAGCAAAUUUUAUUCGAAACAAUAGUCUAUAAGAAUUUUCUGUAUAAUAACUUCUUGAUUGCUCGAAAUAAAACGCUGGGUGUAAUGGAGGAUUAAUGAGUUUAGCCUACUAAUAUCUUGAGGGCAGUUAAAAACUAGAGACAUGGUCUGAUUAUCCAUAUUUAGGCUAUGCCUAAAAAUGCCUGUAUGACAACAUUCUUGGGCAAGUAAGUAUUUUGGGAUAUACCGAUGUAUAACCAAAUGAUCCAGAUGCUUUAGCUUAAGCUCUCAUGAAACAACCAAUAUCAGUUGCUGUUGAAUCUGACAGUCUAUAUUUUCAAUUUUACAACACUGGAGUAAUUUAAGAUAUUACUUGUGGAAAUGAAGUUGAUCAUGCUGUUCUAUUAGUGGGCUAUGGUCAUGAUUAUUUAUAAGGAGUUGACUAUUGGAUAGUUAAAAACUCUUGGGGGCCUAGAUGGGGAGAAGAUGGAUAUUUCAGAAUUCUUAAAGACUCUAUAAAAGGACCUGGUAUCUGUGGAAUUUUAACUGAGCCCUCUUAUCCAAUUUUAAUUUGA